AUGCCAGCAGUGGCAGGAAAGAAAGCUCUUCAGGGUAUUCUAGAGCGCUUAGAUGCUGGAGAAAUUGUGAUUGGAGAUGGAGGAUUCGUCUUUGCUCUUGAAAAGAGGGGAUAUGUAACAGCUGGUCCUUGGACUCCUGAAGCAACAGUAGAACACCCAGAAGCAGUUCGUCAGCUUCACCGGGAAUUCCUCAGAGCCGGAUCCAAUGUUUUGCAGACAUUCACGUUUUAUGCCAGUGAGGACAAACUAGAGAACAGGGGCAAUUAUGUAGCUGAGAAAAUAAGUGGCCAGAAAGUAAAUGAAGCUGCUUGUGACAUUGCAAAAGAAGUGGCUAAUGAAGGUGAUGCUUUAGUGGCUGGAGGAGUUAGUCAAACACCAUCAUACUUAAGCUGCAAGGAUGAAGCAGCCGUUAAAGCAGUCUUUCGAAAGCAACUAGAUGUCUUUAUGAAGAAGAAUGUGGACUUCCUAAUUGCAGAGUAUUUUGAACAUGUUGAAGAGGCUGUCUGGGCAGUUGACGUUCUAAAAGAAUCUGGAAAGCCAGUUGCUGCUACGAUGUGCAUUGGUCCGGAAGGAGACAUGCAUGGUGUGCCCCCUGGACAGUGUGCUGUCCAACUGGUAAAGGCUGGUGCUUCUAUUGUUGGAGUCAACUGCCAUUUUGAUCCAAAUACUUGCCUGGAAACUGUGAAACUGAUGAAAGAGGGCUUGCAGGCUGCUAAACUGAAAGCCCAUCUGAUGUCCCAGCCACUUGCUUUCCAUACACCUGAUUGUGGAAAGCAAGGUUUUAUUGAUCUUCCAGAAUUUCCCUUUGGUCUGGAGCCAAGAAUUGUAACCAGAUGGGAUAUUCAAAAAUAUGCAAGAAAGGCCUAUGACUUAGGAAUUCGUUACAUUGGAGGUUGCUGUGGAUUUGAGCCAUAUCACGUCCGAGCAAUAGCAGAGGAGUUGGCUCCUGAAAGGGGAUUUUUGCCAGAAGCUUCUGAUAAACAUGGUAGUUGGGGCGAUAGCCUGAGCAUGCAUACCAAACCCUGGGUCAGAGCAAGGGCAAGAAAAGAAUACUGGGAGAAUCUGAAGCCUGCUUCUGGAAGGCCAUAUUGUCCUUCAAUGUCAAAGCCAGAUGGCUGGGGCGUGACAAAAGGAGCCAGGGAGCUGAUGCAACAGAAAGAAGCAACCAGUGAACAACAGCUGAAAGAGCUCUUCCAGAAACAGAAGUUCUAAUCCACUGCACUUAUGUAUGUGUUAGAAUGAUUUAACUACAGAUCAUCUCAUGCUUCACAAAAAAAAUCUGUGAAGAUGUGUACCCUGUUGAUUUAUCAGUUUAUAUGUAAUGGAAGAGACAAAAUGCAGAAAGAAUGUGAUCAUAGAUUAAAUAUGCCAGACCUUGAUAAUAAAAUCUUUCUCUGGAUAAA